CUCCACGCUGGAGAGUCUCAGAGUAUACGGAACGCGCCACAGUGAAACGUCUAGGCUUAACGCUUGGUUGAAAUACAAAAUACAAGUUUUCGACUCAGCGCUGUUUAUCAAUUGACAUCUUUAAGCAGAACGACAACAGUGGUGAAGGAGCUUUUUAUGUUCGCCGAGGCGAGUUUUGGACACUGGCGAUAACUUAACGCAGUAAGUUUGUUACGGGACGGGGAGUUUACGAACGAACUCUAAACUCCGUGAAUCUUCUCGCUUUUGUCUCAAACCCCGGCGGUACUUGCUAGACUUCUUCCGAAGAGAAAGCGCAACAUUAAGAUAAGCGGAGAGUGAGUUAUCGCUUGAAACUCCGAAAGACUUUUCAACUAAAAGUUUCGUUUUCUCUUCUAUGUCUACCAAGAUGGAAACUACAUUCUACGAUGACACUCUAAACAGCGCGUUCUCCCAGCAUGACAGCGCUACUUUUGGAUACAACCACAAGGCACUGAAACACAGAAUGACGCUGAAUUUGACCGACCCAGCCGGCAACCUGAAGCCCCAUCUGAGAGCGAAAGCCAGCGACAUACUGACCUCGCCCGAUGUGGGACUGCUCAAGCUGGCUUCUCCGGAAUUGGAAAGGCUUAUUAUCCAGUCCAGUAACGGCCUGAUAACCACAACGCCGACUCCGACUCAGUUUCUCUGUCCUAAGAAUGUGACGGAUGAGCAGGAGGGUUUCGCGGAAGGGUUUGUGAGGGCACUGGCCGAGCUGCAUCACCAACACAUGCCCAGCGUCACCUCCGCUCCCCAGACGACCAUCAACAACACCAUGGCGCCCGCCGCGUCUACGGCAGGUGGUGCGGUUUACAGCGCAGCAAUGCGCUCGGAUCCCCCUGUGUAUGCUGACCUGAACACUUUCAACCCCGGUAACAGCAGUGCGCCCUCGGCGGCACCGAGUUUCAGCACCGCCAACCCUGCUAUGAGCUACACGACAGCACCGCAACAGCACACCAUGAGCACCCAACUGCUCGUCCAGCACCCUAGACUUCAGGCGCUGAAAGAGGAACCUCAGACGGUGCCGGAGAUGCCCGGAGAGACCCCUCCUCUCUCUCCCAUCAACAUGGAGAGCCAGGAGCGGAUUAAAGCCGAGAGAAAGCGCAUGAGGAACCGGGUCGCCGCUUCCAAAUGCCGGAAGAGGAAACUUGAGAGGAUCUCCCGGCUGGAGGACAAAGUCAAGAACCUGAAGUCGCAGAACUCGGAGCUGGCAUCUACUGCCAACAUGCUGCGCGAACAAGUGGCACAGCUCAAGCAGAAAGUCAUGAACCACGUCAACAGCGGCUGCCAACUUAUGUUGACACAGCAGCUGCAGACUUUCUGAGAAGAACGAAAAGACUUUGGGUUUACUUGAAUAGACGCAAAGGACAAACUUCUUGGGGUUCAAGCAAGCAUGACAGCUGCCACUGGGACCGGGAAUGUCCGGCCGAGAGCCUUGCGCUUUGGCGCGUAAAAGGAUGUUCUGACUGGACUUUUGGGGAGUUUAAAACUUCACAAACUCGGUCUAAUAGAGACAGAGGGCAUGAGACUCACUCUGUUACAUCUUUUUCUUUCUGAUGAGAAAAGAGACUUAUCACUAACUUCACUUUGACCAGAUGGUGCAUGGACCUAUGCUCAACGGAGCUGUCAGUAUUAUGGAAGAAUAGAGGGGACAUGACUAUAAUACAAUAAUAAGGAUAUAAAUGUCUGGCGCACCAAGCAGGAAGUCUGUCCUCUAAGCAUUUGAUAAAGCUGCCAGGCUUCUGAGUUGCAUUGUACGUUUUGUGCUUAAACCGAAUGACUUUUUCUCUGAGUUAGUCAAACUUCAGCUGUUUCCUUUUUUUUAAAAGUCCAUUAAUGAGGUUUCACUCAUUGUUAUUUGUAAAUAAGAUCAAACAUGCAAGAGUACUUAAGUUUACCAUUUGUAAGUACAAUAUAAUUUUUUAUUUUAGUUUUCUGAGAACAUCAGAAACUAUCAAUAUUUAUGAACUGUAAUAAAGUAUGUGAAACGAAAACAAUGUCGU